UAGUGCUCUAACAAUUUUUUUUUUAAUAGUUAUAAAAAUAUACUAAUAAAUAAACUAAAGAUGAGUCACGCUUUAGUGUUUUGGGUUAACAGCCAGCAAACUUCAAUUGUGCCUUCAAUCGCUGUUAGUGACAAGCAAAUGCUUACUGACAAUAAAAGAAUUGGCAAGAUCAAAUGGAUGGACGAAAAGAGGAAGAUGCCUCCAGAAGGAUGGUCUUCACACGAUGGGCGUGUGCUUUCAAUUAGUGAUAAGCGAAUUGAUUUGAGCAAAGAGGAAAAUAAAUUUUGGACAGAAAAAGAUAAUUUUGAUUCAGAUCAUAGUAAGAGUCCUCCUUCAUCAAAUGAAAGUAAUCAUGUUUUAAUUAAUAAAGAAUCUGCACCAAAGAAAUUAAAAGUGCAAGUUUGCAACUCCGAAAAUAAAUUAAAGCAGAAGAGGGAAGAUUAUGCAACAAAGUCAUUUGAUAAAAGAAUUUUAUCAGCUAUUUCAAACAAUAGCUAUAAUAAUGAAAAUAAAAUAGAUAAUGAAAGCCUCGAUAAAAUUACCUUGGCUGUCACAAUCACAAACUGUCACAGCUGUUUUAAAACCUGCAAAUACUUCAAGAUUAGCAAUGACAACUUCAAGUUGUUCGCAGUGCCAUCUAUUGGCUUCCACUGUACAAAAGUAUCGUGAUGAAAUUGCUGCUAUGACUAUGCAAGCAGAGGAACAUGCUCAUAUUAAAAAAGAAGAUGAACGAAUGAAACAAAUAUUAUGUAAAUUAAAUGAUGACUUACCAAAAAUGUUUGGAUUCAUGCAACAAAGCUUGACAUCAGCCCUGAGCCAAUCUAGUUCAGAGUGUUUAGACAAUUCGUCUCCUAUUAUUUUACCCGAAAUAGCAAGUUUUGCUGCACAUAAAACGACUCUGAGUAAAUCUGUGAACAAUUCAUCAGCAAAUCAGCUAAAGAAUCAACAACUUAUUGCAAAUUCACUAUCUACAUCAAGUGUUACGCGAAAUGCCAUUGGGGUUCAACAAGUUGAUGAGAUUGAUCUGGGGUUUGGUGUCACAGUAUCAAACACAAAGCUUUCCAUGAUUAAGUCGACAAGAGCAACUCAUCUUGCUAGGUUACUCAUGGAAUUGAUGUUCACCCAAGAGGAGAUGGCACAGAGUUCAGUAACAGGUCGUGUUUCUAACUCUUCAAAAGUAGCAAAGCAAGCAUUGAAUCCAUCAAAAGUUGCUGCCCUGUUGGCGUAUGUUCAUAAAUAAUUUCCUGGAGCUGAUAACAGAAUGAUAAAGCAGUCAAUGGCUGAAAAGCUGCAAGAUGUAGGGAAAAUCAAAAGGCGUCAAAUGAAAGGCAAUAUUGUGGACGAAAAUGAGCCAGAGGAUACUUUUUUGCAAUAAACUUUUUCAUUAAUGUUUUUUAAAAGAUUUUUGAAUUUUA